GCGUUGCUGCAACGAGACGCGCGCGACGCAUGGGCGCAGCUAACGGAUUACUGAUCAACUCAUCGAUGAGACGCAGAUUUAUCUUUUCAGUUACGUCUGCCAUCACAGCUCAUCACUGGGUGUUUUUUUCCCAAUCACCCCCCAUAAGAAACAUGACAUGAAGACAAUCUUUUCUCUCCAGACCGUCGGUUCGUGCGCAACUGGAGCCAUCUGUUUGCCACAGAGGAGAAACGUAGGACUCUGGAGUACAACCGUCAGUACUUGAGUCGGGAAAUGUUUGAUGUGGACAAAGGAGCGCGUGUAAAAAGCCGGUUUCACAAGUUAUUUCAAAGCGGGGUGGGGAAUAACAUAGUCUGGUUCACUUUUCCACAACGGAAAUGAGAUCAGUCCCACUGCCUGGCUCCGCUCCUUCUAAAACAUGGUCGAUGUAACGUUAACUCCAUAAAGUACCGGGAUCUGACACUGUUUGACUUCUGGACACGAACAGCUUGCUGUUAGUGGAAAGAUGUUUGCUGGACUGAUGGGGCUGGAAUGUCACAGUAACUCUCUGCUUCACCGCUGCGAAGUCGCGGAAGGUGGCAGAGCAUCAGGGACAGCUGGCAGCUCCAGUCGCAAGAGGCUGCACCGAAGACCAGGGUACAUGAGAGGAGAGCAGUCCAGAUUGCAGAGUACUACUCAUGGAGAAGAGGACGAAGAGGAGGAAGGGAGGACCACUUGCAUAAGGAAUGGAAAUUCUGGACGUCACACUGACAUCACAGAGGCGACCAGUGCUCAGGGGAUGAGUCUACCAACUGCUGUCAAAGUCUCCCUAAUGAAUCAGCAACAGCCUGAAAAAGUCACAUGUAGCUCCUGGAAGAGUAAGAGUUUUCUCUGCUCUGUUACCCGUCCUCUUCACCCUGUGGACUGCAGUCCCAUUAAUGGUAGCCACAAGAGUAUGAAUGAACUCAUCUUAAGCCCAAGCCCGGCCCUCCAGUCCUCACCCCAGGACUCCUUUAACUCCAGCUUCAGUUUCAUCCAACAGUCCCUCAGCUCCAGCCAGAGGACAGACACAAUCCCUGCUACACCACCCCGGGAACAGGAACCACUAAAUUGGUCAACUAAAGCACCUAGGUUGCCUAAAACAAUACCAGUGACUUUAUCCAUUGAACACAAUGUCUCAAAGGAGUCAACUCCUGUCCAGUCCCUGCCCUCCUCCACCCCAGGCAGCCAGGGAGAGAGAGAGGAGCUGUCAUUAGGUGGGAGGUUUUGGCAGGAAUGUCUGUGGGGUGGCAGGGAGGUUACGUCCGACCUGCCUGACUGUGACUCCCAAUCUCUGGACAUAGAGAUCACCUCCUCACUGUCCGUGGACUCAGACACUGCCUCCGCCUCUUCUGUCACUUCCGGCUACGAGAGCGCCACACCUGCCUCCGACCAAGGCUGGGACAACCUGAUGAAGAAGUACGAGGGUGUGCUGCAAGACUGCCUCCAAAACAACCGCACUUACACUAAGAUCGAGUCCAUGAUGUUGAAGCUGCAGAGACUCCAGCAGAAAGCCAUUUUGGAUGACGACUAUGACGCAGCCGAGCGUUUUGGGAAAAAGCUGGAGGAGCUGUGCAGGGAGCGAGGUGCUCUGAAGCUGGGUUUACCCUCCAGACAGCCAAGCGUGGCACUGUUCCUUGAGCGGCUCAGACAGGUGGUGCACAGCGCCCUCCAGAGGGCAGACUCCAGUCUGUGCAGGGAGGGUGUAGAGCCUGAUGCAGGGGAGCGGUCCGACUCAUUGCAGGGUCCACUGCAUCGAAGAGAUCGUCUGAUCCAAGAGAAACGGCUGGUAGAGGAGGAGAUAGCAGAACUGCAGCAGAGGCUGACAGAGCUGAAGGGCCGCAGUCAGCACCUGGAGAAGCAGAUCCAGCAGGAGGAGCUGCAGAUGGAGGCCGAGGAGCUAGAGGGCUCCGUGCUGAGGAGCUGCAACGUGGCCCAGCUCCGCGACAUGAGCCGAACCCUGCAGGACCUUGUCACCUCUGAAAACCGCACGCAGAUCUCCGUCUCCCCUCCACCCUCCAUGCUCAGACUUCAGGAGCAGGAGCAGGCAUUGAAUCUGUCCAUCAAGGAAGCCACUGCCAAAGUGGUCAUGAGUCAGAGGCUGGGCAGCAGCCUGAGGAGGAAAGUCAGCGAGACUGAAACUCAGCUUUUGGCACUGCAAGAGGCCAAACUGGCAGCCAUCUCGGGUAAUGACUUCAGCAGUGCCAAGGAGCUGAGGGCUGAGAUGAAGGCGGUGUACCUGGAGCGGGACCGGCUGGAGGCUCUGGCCAAGAGGCUGCACAGCCUCAGCUUGGGGAGCCGCCAGGAGCUGGCCAGGAUGAAGGAGCAGCGGCAGCAGCUUAGGCAGGAGCUGGAGCAGAAGGAGGCAAAGCACGAAACCCGGCUGAAAGAGAACACUACCAAGUAUAUCAAGCUAUUGGAGGACAGAUUGCACAGCUGUGGCUGUCCAGGCUUGGAGCGGAUCUGGGAAGCCGACCUGGAAGCAUGUAACCUGUUCUUGCGAGGCCUCCAGCUGCGGACUCCAAGCUGCAGUGGAGUAGACAUCGAGGACCUCCCCACUGCAGCGGUUUAUUUGCCUACCCAGCCGUGUACCAAAGACGAAGAAGACUGCGCAAUGCUGACUGCUUUAGGAGGGCGCUGGUGUCCCGAGGCAAACUUGCAGCACUCAGAGUUCACUAAGAAGCUGGAGGAGUUUUUGUUCUGUAUGGAGGACAAUCACCCAGAGGACGGGUGCAGCGAGGCUGAGGCUGCAGACCUGACAGAGCGCUGCGAGCUGAUCAGUGACAGACUAAUGACCUUGGAAGAUGAAUUGCAGAUGGCCAUACUGAACCGGGAUCCAGCCCUCACCCAGUCAUUAGAAAAGGAGGUUCAGGAAGUAAAAGCCACUUUACAAACCAUGCUCGCACAGCUGAAAGAGGAGGAAGUGGAGGAAGAGGAAGUGUGUGAGUUACAAGAUGAUGACCUCAUGAAAAAUGGGACUGAGGAGGAAGAAGAGGAAGAGGAGGAAGAAGAGGACCAGUACUUCAGUGACAGCUGGGGCAUUUGAAAUGGAUGCUUGUAGUGUUUUAUGACCACUCACACACAGACUGGCUCUCUGAGAGCCUGACCUCAGCUUUGCAGUCUGAGUGACCCCAUAUCCAUUUACUGCAAAGCCUCUGUGGUACUGCUGAAAGUUUCUAGCACAAAACCUUAGAAAGUCUGUGUAACAUUUUAUCCAUCUACAAAUGGAGGGUCUUGAUAUAAAUGCAAAAUAUCUAAUCAAGUUCCUUAAAUCUCGCCAGCCUAAGUUUAACCAGGAGAGACCAAGCCGACAUAGGGAUUAUUUCUUCAAUUUAGAUGUUUUUGAAAAAGGGUUUUCAUGGUGUGUCUUACUAGUGCCGUGCAAUUAUGUGACUUUUUGCACUUUUAAACUCUCUUGAGCUUUUUUCAGCUGCUGAAAUGAUCAGCCUUAAAAUGAGACUGUGUGACUUUUGCAGAACAACCGCAACAUGUGGCCACAAAGUUAAAGAAUGAAUUAUGGUAAAAUGGUUAAAUAUAGUAAGAGUCCGUGAACUGGCUCAGUAAUGUCAGUCACACAGCAAUAUUUAUAAAGUGUUGGCUAAUAUUAGCUACCAUUAGCCACCAUAAAAUAGAGCUGUAUCACCGAAACCCCUGAGUGUAUUGAAUUGAGCAAGGGUUUAGUGCAUUUCCCAUUUCAAUUUUCGCUUUUAAGAGUAAGAAUGUUUUAUUUCUUCUUUCAAAAGACAUAGUCUCACUUAUAGGGCCCUUUCACAUCUACCUUGUUUUGGUCCGGACUUUCAGACUUCUCUGUUUGAUCCAAACCUAAAUUACAGGUAGUAAUGCCAUAACAACAAUAGUUGCAACGAUAUGUCCAUUCAUUCUUGUUAAGGCCAAAGAUUAUUGUCAAAGCUACACGCCGAAUUGACGAAAUGCUCACAUCAGACACACGUCCGUUUACAAGCCAAUCAAUGUCAAGCAAAGGGAGGACGUCAGGAUGCAAAGUAAAGUUCUUUAAGGCUCUUGUAUAAUCACAAUGUAAAAUCAAACCAAAACUAACUGAAUGUAUCACAAUAUGAACUUUGGUUCGGACCUUGGUUAGGACUUUCAGGUGUGAAAGGGCCCUUAAAUUUCAGUGACAAAAACAAAAUCAACCUGAAACCAAACUAGGAGCUGAAUAAAAUCAGUAAUCGCUCACCACAACCGCCUGUUUGAAUUUUGGCCAUGGACCAAGUGGACAAUCCAAACAUGUUUUCCUGCUAACAGUCUAGCACAUAAACUAAAAUGUAUGCUUCUUUGUUAGGUCAGCUUGCCACUUUUGUGUGUUUUCCGUACGAUUGGACUUCAGUUACAUGUAAUUUUGUCCAUGAUAUAACUAAUUUGUGGUGCUACAGAAUGGGAAUUAACUUGAACACUAUUAUUUUCUUUGUGUGGAAAAUGCAAUGUUUAGAUUUUUCUCCCUCCCUGUCUUAAAACAGAGUAUGCUGAGCGAGAUGCUCUGUACUUUGCAAUACAUGUCACAAAAGUCAAAUUAUGUCUUACGCUUGUAGGAAAUAUUGAAGGAUAAAAUAUCAGUGGACACAUGAGAUAUUUACAACUGCUGUUUGUUUUUUUCUAAAAUAAUUUUAUCUGCCACUGAUUAUGUGUUGUUUUUAUUUUAUUUGAUGUCAGCUCAGAAUAUUCUUGUUCAUUCCACUGGGUGUCACUUGACGUUUUGCCAGAAACAUUUUUGUACUUUCAUCAAUAAUCGGGUUUUUUGAUUUACUGUGCAGCUUGAUCUUGCUGUAUUAUAUUUCAUAUUUAUUCCUUACAGCAUCUCACUAAUUACAGUAUGUACCAUUCAGCCUAA